AUGAGCAAAUUGGAAAUCACUGUCCUCUACUUUGCUGCAGCGUCAACAGCGACUGGAUUGACCGAACAAUACAUCGCUCUUCCUGCCCCACAAUACCCGCUCUCCUCGUUGAGCGGUCUCCUGGUAUCAUUGCACCCAGACGUCGGCUUAGACAAGAUCCUUCAGUCCAGUCAAUGGAGCAUAAACGCUGAGAUGGUGGACAACAUCGAAGAAUCGCCAGAAAUAUCUCAGAAGUCUCGUGGUGCUUGCAGGAUGAGCUCGAGCCUGGGAUCAGUACUGGUCUUUUUAACUGGUGUUCUCUUUGUAUUUUUCUACCUAGUAACGCAUCGCAGACCACAGCGUUCUCGUUUAACUUUGACGGUCGAUAUGGAGAAAGGCGCCAACUCAGAGAACAAGCAAUUGCCAGCGUUCACUGCUCGACGCUUGACACAGACCACCUUCUUGAUCGUCGAAUGGGAUGACAUCUUCAACGAACAUCCAUUCAUCUAUGCCAAAGUAGUCCCUUCCGCUGACACCAUCCUCAUCAUGGACACAGGAUGUGGCGGGGCUACGCAUAAUCCGGAGAUCGGUCUGAAGAGCUUGAGAAAGUUCAUCGAGACCGUUGAUAUCCCUGAUAACGACGGAAAACCUCUGAAUGAAGGAGGGAAGAUGAAGUAUAUCGUGGUGGAGAGCCACUGCCAUUACGAUCAUAUCCUUGGCGUGGAACCAUUCGCCGCCGACAGCCCCAUUCUGGGCUCGAGCCACUCGCCCGGCUUCGUCUCUCCAGAGAACUUCCCUGCAAACUCUGAAUGCAAGUCUCACGGCAUACAACCACCAACCUACGAGCUCACUCUAGUGCCGCAUCUACAUGAGAUCACCUCAUCAGCAGGCUCAUCCCUAGGCCUCACAGUCUUGCAUACUCCCGGGCACACUCCCGACGAACUUGCCUUGUGGGAUGCAGACGAGAAAAUGCUAUACGUCGGGGACACCCUAUACGAAGACGAUCCCAUCAUCUUCCCAAGCGGGGGAUCUUUACCCGUGUGGUUUUCCACCAUGGAUCAACUCAUCGAGCUCGUGGAAACGCACCCCGACUCUGAAAAUGUGAUGAUCAAUUGCGGGCAUGCUACUUCUCUCCGUCCUGCACUUGAGGUACUCAGGACGUGCAAGACGUUCAUGGAGAAUGUCGUCUCUGGUAAAGAGCCGCUGAAGCGACGUUAUUUGCGUCGGGGGACGUGGAGUGUGGAGUUUCGGGAGGACAAAGGUCGAUUCUCUCUGAUUUGUCCCGAGAGGUUAGUUCUCGAAGCAAGAGGUGAAGUAGUGGUGUGA